AUGGCGAAUGUGCUCGUGUACAGCGGCGAGGGCGUGGCGUAUGGGGGCCUGCCCCACGUCGUUGAGUCGCUCUCGCGGCUCUGUGGACAUGCCUACGAUGUGCAGAUGAUCAAUAGCGACUCGCUCUCGGGCGACCCGUGGGACACGGUGACCAAGCUGCUCGUCCUGCCGGGCGGCACGCCGCAGGCCUACCAAGCGGCGCUCGGCCCGGCGGCGCCACGCAUCAAAGCGUUCCUGGAGAAUGGCGGCGCGCUCCUGGCCAUGGGCGGCGCGGCGGCGUUUGCCUGCGGCUCGUUCCGGUACGCGGAGGACACGCCACAGCACGCGUUUGACGGAUUCGGGCCACUGCGGCUCUUUCCCGGCACCUACUGGGGCCCCGUGUUUGCAGCAGGCAACGCUGCGAAUGUCGCGACCAGCAAGGGGUCCGUGCAGAUGGCGUACAAUGGCGGCGGCGCGUUUUUGCGCGCCGAGGCAUUUGGUGGCCACGACAUUGACGUCCUCGCCGAGUACGCCACGCCGACGCGCACGCCCCCGUCGGAGCUCGGCGCGGCGAACGUCGCUGGCAUCGCGUGCGGCGUCGGCGCGGGCAAGGCGCUCCUCUUUGGCGUGUGCCCAGUGACGCCAAUGGUCCCGUACGGCAUGCCGCCGGGGCACGGCCCCGACGCGCUCCGCCUCCAGUGCCUGGCGCACUGGCUCGCGACCGAGGCCGCAAUGCACGUCGAGGGCCCGGCUGUGACGCAGGUCGGCCCGCCGAGCAUCACCGAUCCUCCCCGCCUCACGCCGUACUAUGUAGCGAGCCGGGGCGCAGGGCUGGCUCUCCCUCGGCGCACCGAUGCCGACGCCACAGCACAGCUGCCGACCGUCGCCGCGGCGAUUGCGCAGUCGGACGGCGGCCUGGUGGUCGAGACGACCGUUAAGGACGCCAACGAUCUGUAUGCGCUCGUGCGCGUCCAGCGCGAUGCUGCGGCCAACAUCGCGCGGUUGCACGAAGCGUGCCUCACCGCGUCCUACGCGCCGUUCGAAUCGGAGGGCACGCCGGACCUGCACCGCGUCCCCAAGAUCCUCGUGCAGCUCGAUGCGCCCCUGUCGGAAGCGGAUGCCGAGCGCAUUGCGCCGUUCUUUGUGCUGCCCCGCUACUUUGACGCGCUGGAUGCCGCGCGGCGCCGCCUCACGCACCUCCCGUGGCCGGCGGCGCCGCUGUCGAUCCGCAUCGGAGACGUCGUUGCCUAUGGACAGGUGGUGACAAGCACGCAGACGAUGCUGGAAAAAAAUACCGCGCUGCUGCAAGCGGCGCCGCUCGGCACGACGUUCCUUGCGACGCACCAGAUCGCCGGGCGGGGUCGCGGGAAGAAUGCGUGGAUCUCGCCGUGCGGGUGCCUGCAGUUUUCAACGCGCCUCGCGCUCCCAGCGUCGGCGGGCACCAAGAGCGUCUUUAUGCAGUAUCUGGCCGCUCUGGCGAUUGUCUAUGGCCUGAGCGAGGGCCUCGGCGAGGCGUCCGACGCCCUGCGCGGCCGCAUCCGCAUCAAGUGGCCAAACGACGUGUACGCGCAAGUGCGCGACGCGCCGCCCUCGGCUGUGCGGCAGAGCGUCGGCGGCGAGGAGCGCGCGUACGUCAAGCUCGGCGGCAUCCUCGUGAAUGCGCUCUAUGCCAACGGCCGCUUUGAGCUCGUAGUGGGGUGCGGCGUGAAUGUGACCAACCCCCGCCCCACGACGUCGGUCGCUGAAGUGGUGCAGACGUUUGGGCGGGGCAACGUCACGCAAGAGGCGUGUGCCGCCGCGAUCUUUGCCGCGUUCGAGCAGCUGGUGAGCGCGUUCGAGGCGGCGCACUACGACUUUGCGCCGUUCGCCGCCGCGUACCGCGCCGCGUGGCUGCACGACAACCAAGAGAUCUCGCUCGAAGGCGAGCGCGUGCGCAUUGUCGGCAUCACGAGCAACUAUGGGCUCCUGCGCACCGUGCCCCUCUCGUCCCCCCUCACGUCGGCAGAUGCGGCGGCGUGGUGUGGCGCGCCGGUCGCUGGCUGCAUCGACCUGCAGCCGGACGGCAACUCGUUCGACAUGCUGCAGAAUCUCGUGCAUCGUAAAUCCUAG